AUGAAUGACGGUCUAAACGAUCUCCUGGUGUGUGUGUGUGUCGCAGGGACGUCGACGCCCAUUCGGCACCUGUCGCUGCGCAGCCUGCUGCCGGACACGGAGCAGUACAUGACGUACGAGGGCUCCACGACGCACCCGGGCUGCUGGGAGACCACCGUCUGGAUCAUCCUCAACAAGCCCAUCUACAUCACCAAGCAGGAGCUGUACGCGCUGCGGAAGCUGAACCAGGGGUCGGCGGAGAUGCCGAAGGCGCCGCUGGGGAACAACGCGCGGCCGCUGCAGCCGCUGCACCACCGCACCGUGCGCACCAACAUCAAGUUCCGCUGGCAAGAGGUAGCGGCGACUGCGACGUCGGCCGCGCCGCCGGCGGCCUCGGCGGGCUGGCCGCGGCGCCGGCCGCCCGCGCCCCCCGCCCCACCACCACCACCCACCACCCCCGCGCCACCACCACCCGCGCGGCGCGCCGGCACCGCAAUAAAACAGCCGCGCGUCCCCGGCCCCGCCCACGCCCACGCCCACGCCCCUGCACGCUCCACCUCGCCCCUGGCAACAGGCAGCGCCCGCGCCCCGCCUGCCCUUCCCGUCUCUAACCUGCCCUGCGCUACCCUAGCCUAUACUGCCCACCCUGCCCUGCAUUGCCCUGCCCUGCCUUGCCCUGCCCCAUCUUGUCCUAUCCUUCUCUAA